CGCAUUUUUUCCUCCCUUUAUCAUCCAAGGAAAACACAUCGACAGACUGUGGCACACAGACGCCUCUACCUGCAGCCGGUGCGCACCGAAAGUUACUUCACCGAGUUCAUCAGUGCGUGAGUUCACAGCGCGCAGACAACGACCAUCCAGAAGCACCAAAAACGCCAAGGUUUUUUUUUUUUUUUUUGUAUUUGUAAGGGAGGCGGCAGUGCUCUUCUUUUUCUUUUUCUUCUUCUUCUUCUUCUUCUUCUUCUUCUUCUUCUUCUUCUUCUUCUUUAAUAUCAUUGUUUUAAAUAUCCCCCAAAGAGUGUUGAGACUGAGUGUCCUCCCAACCGGAGCUGUUUCGUGCGCUGUUCCGCGGUCAGAGAGGACUUUUGGACUGUUGGGAGUCACGUCUCGUCCCUCAGAGCGUUUUGAAAGCAUGUAAUGCGCUGCGACAGAUGGAGCAGAACAACAAUGAAGAGGUUAACCACACCUUUGAAAGCGGACAUCUCUUCAGUAGCCUCUUGACCAACUUUCUUGCGCAUUAAGAUGCGCCCGACAGAAGAGGAUUUGGAUGAUGAACUUUUUGCGCUCUUGUUGACAGACAGUUUCCAGUGAGCUUCUGCUGAGUGUACCGCCAGGAAUCAAGGACCUCCUAUGUAUUUAAGAAAUAAUCCGACUCGGUGUUGUCUGAGCUCGUCAGUACUUUAAACUUAGCUGGGGAAUCUCCUGGAGGAUUCGCUGCGUUCAUCAUGACGGUUCGUCUAUCACGGAUCCAGCUGGCCCUGUUCUUUAUCUUACUCUGUCCGGUCAAUAUCAUCGGACUUUGGUGGGCGGUGGGCAGUCCUCUGGUUAUGGACCCCAACAGCAUAUGCAGGAAGGCAAAGCGUCUGGCGGGGAAGCAGGCUGAGCUGUGCCAGACUCAGCCAGAGAUUGUCAGUGAGGUGGCCAAAGGAGCCAGACUGGGAGUCAGGGAGUGCCAGUACCAGUUCAGGUACCGUCGGUGGAACUGUACUAGCCACAACAAGUACUUUGGCAAAAUACUGCAGCAAGAUAUCCGGGAGACUGCAUUCGUUUAUGCCAUCACGGCGGCUGGUGUGACCCACGCUGUGACCCAGGCCUGCAGCAUGGGAGACCUCCUGCAGUGUGGCUGUGAGGCGACCAGGAACCGAGCACCACCUAGGCCGCCUUCAUCCUCCUCCUCCUCCUCCUCCUCCUCCUCCUCCUCCUCUUCUGGGGACGGAGUGAAAUGGGAAUGGGGGGGAUGCGGAGAUGAUGUGGAGUUUGGUUAUGAAAAGUCAAAACAGUUUAUGGAUGCCAAGAGGAGAAGGGGCAAGAGCGACAUCAGGACGCUUGUUGACCUGCACAACAACGAGGCUGGGCGGCUGGCGGUGAAGCUCUACAUGCGGACAGAAUGCAAGUGCCACGGACUGUCGGGCUCGUGCACCUUGCGCACGUGCUGGAAAAAGAUGCCUCAUUUCCGUGAGGUAGGCGACCGCCUGCUGGAGCGCUUCAAUGGCGCUUCCAAGGUGAUGGGCGGCAAUGAUGGCAAGACCCUGAUCCCUGUUGGCCAGAACAUAAAGCCACCAGAUAAGCAGGAUCUGAUCUACUCUGAUGAGUCGCCCGAUUUCUGCCUUGCAAAUCGGAAAACUGGUUCACUUGGGACACGGGGGCGCAUAUGCAACAGCACAGCCAUGGACAUCAGCGGCUGCGACCUGCUGUGCUGCGAGCGGGGCUACCGUGAGGAAACAAUGGUGUUUGAGGAGAACUGUCUGUGUCGUUUCCACUGGUGUUGUGUGGUCCAGUGCAAGAAAUGCUUGGUCCGAAAAGAGCUUAGUCUCUGUCACUGAUGUACUGAUGAACUGAAGUAGAGAGGUGUCAACAUGACUUGGUUCAUAUGACUCGAUUAUAAUUACUUCUGUUACUUUUUGAGGUUUUUUCUUUAGUUUGGCUAGUGUGAGAGAAGGAUAGCAUUUGGACUGUCAUGAUGAUCCUUUUUUAUUUUUGCACCAGUCACAGUCAGCCCCCAAAAUCUUUAUUUCAAAUGGUAUUUGAUCCCAGCUCCCGCUGUUUGGUUCCCAGGAAUUUUGACAGAAAAAGAAAUGAGGGCCACAGGUUCAAAAAGUACAGGAAGUGAAUGCAACCAUAUGGCAAGUGGGACUAAAAGAAGUAAAAUAGAAAGCAAAAUAGAGAAAUGUUUCUUUCUGAACUACCUAUUUUUCUUUUUCUUGAAUAUGAAAAAGGACCAAAGAAUGUGAAAAUUUUCCAUCUCAAUGAAAGAGGAGGACCUAUACACGGAGGACCUACAUGUGGCACAGUUUAUAAGUGUCACUUCCACAAUCAGUUCAACAGCAGCUUAAAGUUGAGUGUUAUCUAAAACCUAGGAUUUUCAGGCUUCAGCUUGUGCUGAUGCACUUGAUUUGGUUGUGGAACUUCCUUAAUUGACCGUUUGCUGAGCCCUGUCGCUCUUGAUCACUCCCUGUUGCUACGCCAGUCAAAAUUAUGAUUCUCACAUGAAACAUAUGCAGUUUACAAUAACAUGGAAGAUUUAACUAGCUAAUUAUGCAAAUGAGUUAGUUGGUCUCUGACUGACUUGUCUUAACAGCAACAGCUAGCUGCAGAAAUGUUCUUUUAAUAUUUUACUCUUGCUGUAAAAAAAGUGAUUCAGACUCUUCAUAUACAGAGUAUCACACCUACUACAACCCUAUGCAUACCAAUACAGCGUGUGGACAAACCAAAAGGUUGACAGAGCUAAAAAAAAGAAAGGAUUGCUGUUUGUGAGAGGGGUUUAGUGAACGGUCAAUUGUAUAAACUGGCUGCUAAUCUUCAAGGGCCCCACUGACUAUUAGAUACUAGGCCUAUAUGUUAUUUCAAAUUCUUCAGAGACAGUGGUUUAUAUCUACAGUAUGCUGUAGCACCAUAGAAAGAUUAAAUAUCUCACUAUGGCCCCAAUUCCAGAGUACUUUAAUUUUACUUUGACAUAUGUGUUUAAAGAAUGACAGUGCAGCAAUAUUCUUGAUAAUGCAUUAACACAAAUCAGAAAAUCUCCCAAAAUCUGUAAAAGUGUUGAUAUAAUCUGCCUCUCAGUUACAGUAACUGUAGCCUAGCUGUUUAACAGGCACACCAAAUUCAAAUAGAUUUUUUUUUCUGCUAUCGCAUCAAAAAUACAGAAAAAGGGAAAUGGUAUCACAUUAUCAUAUCUGAAGAAUACUGUCAACACCAUGUUUUGCUGGAGUGGACUUGGCCUGCCAGCAAAGACUGUUAUUUAUAUAAAGAUAAGAUGACAAGACUACUCACUUCCAUCUCUCUCAGAAGCACUUUGGAUACAAUGGCUGACAUGGAAUUCCUCAACAGCUUGGCAAGAAAACCUUUUGGGGUUGUCUGUUUCUAUCAAACCAAAAGAGAACCUUACAAGACAUUGUUUGAUAUCAAGAAAAUGUAUAUAAUGUAUUUUGUUUAUCUGUUCUGAUAUACAGGGCUAAUGUAAUAAUGCACUUUGGAUGUUAGCUUUCAUUUGAUACUGUAUGUGCAUGUGUGUGUGUGUGUGUGUGUGUGUGUGCGAGUGCAUGAGAGAAAGUGUUGUGUAUAUGUUUGUGCAGGUUGGCCAGUUAUCACCGUAUCCUUCAGUUGGUAGUACCUUUUAUAUAUCUUUAAGUUGCUGUCUGACGUUAUGUUGGUUAUUAAAAGCACACUGCUCCUUGACUCUCUGUCUCUGUGUGAGGCAGACAAGAUCUUUUAUUUGUUGUUCGCCUUCAGAGGAAGUAUGUUUCCCAUAAACCAUAAAUCACGUCCUCUCAUUUACACUUAAGUUUUAUUACCAGACAAUGUACAGUAUGUAUACUGAACUGUAAUUCUACAUUGUUUCCACUUGUUCUGUUAGGGCUGUUUGUGAGUGUUCAGAUAGGAUCUUAUCUUACCUUUAAAGAUUCAGAAUCAUUUCAUUUUGAUCAUACAGUUGGAGGUGUUUCAGGAAGAUAUCAUGAUUCAGAUCUGGCUGUUCCCAAAGUCACAUAGUUACUUUCAGUGUCUACUGUAUGAAAGUAAAAUGAAAUGACCACCUUGAUUAUUAACAUGUUUUAGGAUGGCUGUAAUGUGGGCAAUGUCUCCUAAGCCCUUUAAAAUGUAAAAGUAAAGUGAGUCAUUCAGUAGAAUAUGGUAUACAAGUAAAGAAGAAUUUUGAGUAACAUGUUGGCAGUUAUCUUUACAUUUAAGAGACUAUAGAAACUUUGUUUUUGAAAUAUUCAUAUAAAGCAUUUUGGAAAGAAAUCAUUCAAUUCAGUUCAAUUCAAUUCAAUGUUAUUUCAUAACAUAAGUUAUCUCAGGUCUAGACCGUACCGUAACCAACAGCUCCAACCAUGAGCAAGCGCUUGGCAACAGCGGCAAGGAAAAACUUCUUUCUCAUUCACCUAUUUAAAGACAAAAGCCUAAAUCCUUUUGUAUGGACAAGGCCACAAAGUUUCAUAUUUUGCAGUUUGCAUCAUUUCAGUGGCACAGUGGCCCAGUACAACAUAUUGCAUUAUUAGCCUGAUCACUAUUGCAGCAAUCAAGCAACUUAGAGUAAUUUUAACAGAUAUUAGAAUAAGAUCAACAAACACAGUGUUUAUGAAAGGGCUAUAUCUUAUCACAACAAUAAAUCUAUGUACAUGGUAAUCAUUAUGACAUGCAUUUAGGUUAGUUGUAACUUUGUGUUAAAAUAAGGCCUCAUGAUGGUGGCAUUUAUAGAAAUAAUAGAACUGCAGAAGUCACAUGAAGUUUGCAUAAUUAUUUUUCAGGGCUGACAUUACAUUUUAUAAUACAAUAACUUCUGUAACUCUACAACACAAGAGUGACUCAAGACAGUCACAUUAACAGUGCUUUCUGAUUUUGUGUACUUCUUUUUCUGAUGUGUUGAGUCAGGCAAAACUGAGACCAUUUUAAUAUCUGCAUAUGUUAGAUUAAGCACAUUCCAAGGCUAGUACUUCAUAUUUUGGUGGUAAAUAGAAUGUAGCAGUAAAAGAGAAAUGUUUUUUAUUAAAAUGGAAAUAAUGCAAUACUGACUGUUAAAACAUUUUAAUGACAGCUGCAUAAUGCAGCUCGUCCUUGGCCAACUAUUGUGUUUGUGUCAAACAACUUACCUGUCAAUAGGGAUAUUCAUUCAUUGAUUUGUCAUCUAUUUAAAUACAUUUUGUCAUGUUUGCUUCACAUUUUGUUAUGCUGUUCCUUUUUGUAUUCUUCAGAAAUCAUUUCAUAUCUGGAUGUUACCUUGCAUUUUCCUUUAGCAUAAAACUACCGUUUGUGACUCACAUUCAAGACACUAUUCAAAUAAAGAGCAAAACAUU